GAUCUCAUUUGUUUCGCUAAUUCGGGCGUGUGUCGAUCGUUGACCAUUUUCCUUUAUUUUUCUUUAGUUUCGUUAUUAUUUGAUUACCUCUUUAUUUGUCUUUUUGUGGAAAUUGGGACCCCACCCGUAGGUUGUUAUUGUUUUACCAAUAAGACCCGUAUCAAAUGACAAUCGUUCAAAAAUAAUGAAGAAGACACUACAGUGAAUAUUUAAGCGGAAUAGUUGGUUCCAAGAAGACGAAGAAGUGGUCGCGUUCGAUGAUGACAAAUAUGUCAGUGUGAGUGUUCAAAUCGCCGAAACCGUCCCCCAACCCUUCUAUGACCACAAGAGUUUGUUGUUAUAAGUGAGUGAGUGAAGAACCUCUACGAGUACCCUGAGACCAAGUUUCCGUUUCCGUCCAUACGUCUUUCGUUCCUUUUGCCGGUUCAACGGGCGGCGUAAUUUAUCAAUAGUGAGACUUGGUUCCACCGAACCAAAAUUUUAGUGUCAAUAGCAAAGCGAGCAAGAAGAGAUAAAAAGUCAGUGAAGCAUUCGACGAAAUGUCCGCAGCGGCGGCCGUGAAGCUUCCAGCAGCUAAUGUGCUCAAUGGAUCGUCAACGGCAAAGACGUCCGGCGGUACGGCUGCCAAGAAGUCGAUCAAGGUCGGCGAAACAGCACCUGUGUCAACAGCUGUACCAGCCACCAACGGUACUUCCGGCCAUAAUCGUUGAGGCUGAGGAAGAUGUUGACAGUUUUGGGGAAAGGGCGAUGAACAACAGUGAACUACGGUGCUAUUACGGUUCAAGUGUGAAAGGGUCUCCGACAACGAUGGCUGCCUAUCACCAUCAACAUCAGCCGCAACUGCUUCAGCAGCAAUUAGUGCCUAGUGAAAGUAAUUAUCAGCAUCAAGUGUACCAGUCUCAGCCUCAGCAGCAGCAGCAGCAGCAUCACCAACCGAUGCUGACCGGUCCUCCGAUACCGCCGAUAAGGAACUUUGAAAAUGUUAUGAUCACUGGCGGUGGUGGUGGAAAUCCGGACCCUGGUGAGGGGGGUUUGGCGUACGGGAAUCUGAUUGGCGGCGGAGGAAGUCAUGUUAAUUACAACGGUACCUAUUACGGCGGCGAGUUAAUUGAUUUGAGUGCACAACAGCAUCAGCAGCAGCAAAUGCAUCAACCUGUUGCAGCUGCGCCGCAUCAUCAAUCAGUCGCCGUUCAGCAGCUCCCGCAUAAUGAGAUGUACAAUGCCGAUAUCGAUUUCAUGAACAAUUAUUUAAAAAGUCUCCCCGACUACGCAGCGGUGGCUUGUCCGAGCUCGAGUGCGGUGCUGGCACCUCAGUCGAACGGAGGAGGGGGAGGAUCAGCCGGGGCUAGUGCUUGUGGUGCCGGUGGAAAGAGUGAAAACUACCGGCACCAUUACGUCAAUGACCCCUAUCUGCAAUAUUACGACAGUGCAACUGCGAUGCAAGGCUACUACCCGAUUGCCAAGUCCAGCUCGUACCACACGUACAGCUCGAUCCCGUCCGUUUCAUCCUCCUCCGGGACGGCUGGGAGCAACACGGCAGGAGGCCAUCCCACGUACUAUCAACCGGUUCAACAUUUCCCACCACAGCAGUUCCAUGCGUCUCACCAUGGUCACAGUCAUCAGCUCCCUCCCCAUCAUCAUCAUCACCAUCAGCAGCCGCAGCACCAUAACCAACAUCAUCAGCAUCACCAGCAGAGUGAUAAAUUAACUCGAAGCAACUCGCACUCCAUAAUACAACCGCGAGCCUCGGCCGAGAACAGGUAUGGAGCAGGUUGCGCUCAUAAGAAGAAUCGCGCCACCCCCGGUGAGGGCUCGGGCUCCUCCUCCGUCGUACCCAAGCAGUCUAACAUGAGCAAGUUUUGGCAAGACACUACCUCCAACAAACCUACCGUUCCGCCCAAAUUCGGCUGGAACUACGAUCGGAUCAUGGCUAAAACCAAGAAAGAUGUCCAGAAUAGCAUCAACGAGUACAAAAAGAAUGUCACCAGCAUGCAUAACCUGUACGGCAGCCCAGAUGGCCAGAUCCCCGAAGCUAGCAAUUAUUUUAAAUUAAGAAAAAACUAUUCCUAUUCUCAUCUGGACAAACACAUACGUGACCAUCUCACGGAGGAGGAGUUCCAAAAACUAGUCAGCGAAAGUGAAUCCAAGCCAAAUUUCUACAGCAACCAUUCAUGCAACUUUGUUAAUCCCCUGUGUAAAAGCUUCUCCAGCGGCGCGAUGAGCUUCGGACAACCCUUCCUGCCAUCCCAUCGACCCCUCCCGCCUUCAUCCAGUCAAACUCCAACAAACCUCUCCAAAAGUUCUUCCAACGCUUCCCUUAUUCGAAGACCCUCCAUAACUCUGCCAGAUGUAGCUGCCUUCAUCCCAUCCCUGAACCUCGCCAAAAGUUCCUCGUCCUCAUGUAUCUACACCAAAGCCCUCAAUCAACCGAACAGCAAAAAAUACAACCUAUUUACACCAUACAAACCGAUUGUCCCGGACUCACUACCCCCCGGCGACAUAAGCGUCACCAACAAAAUGAUCUCCAAGAACAAUGCCCUCAUCAAGAAGAGCGCCUCGUUCAACCCGUUCGGCAGCGGGCCUCCGCCCCGGAAAGGUACCGGUGAAAGCUUUUUCGUGAAGCAGCAUAUUCCGCCGGCCAACAAAGUCGUCAUCGACUAUCCGCCGUUCACGAAAAUCUCCUCCAUCCAAAUUCCCAUCAACGGGAACCUCCCGCCGGCUUUCCCCAACUCUUCCCGGGACCAUAAUAACAACAUCUACCACCCGCGAGACUCCUGCAUAAUAAACAUCGAGGACAAUAUCGAACAAAGUAUAGCUGAUAUCUACAACGUCGCUGGUACCGCCACAACCGUCACACCGAGAGGUGGGGUGUUCAAAAGCUACUCGCACUCUCGACUGAACCCUGACGCCAAAAACUUCACCCCCAGUCGGUCUCUCUGCGAUCAGCCUACCUCAACGACAAACGCCCUCACCAGGUCCAAUUCCAACAGUUGUAAUGUGGCAAUCAACCAAAACGGCCGGAUCGAGGUUCUUCCGGUGACCUCGAUGUACGGCUCAAUCCCCCCGGUAGCCCCAACGUACGUCCCCACCAAGGGUAUCACCCUGUCCCAGUCGGCAACGCAAAUCGCCUCCUACGGCGACACGGAUCCGGACGACGAGGACACCGUCGUUCCGGGCGGGUCCGACCUCGACGAUGAUGACGAUGACGAAGAAGACGACGAUGAAAACGAUCUUAAUUACCUUGGGGACGACGACGGCGAAGCCGUCCCGGAACCGGAAGGCGAUGAACCCCAGGAAGGUCUCUACAGUCACUGUCUCGAUCAGUACUUCAUGCCGUCCACGUCCACUGCCGUCGCCUCCAAAUCACAUUCGUCGCGAACCGUCGAUAAACCGGCUUCCAGCAGUGCAACCCCGCUCAAGAAACCGUCCACCUCCGAUUGCGUGCCGCGGAUAUUCAAAGCCAGUGCGGACAUUUUUUUGGAAACGGAUCCCAGCGGGACCGGGCUCGGUUCCGAACAGCAGUACCUGCUGGACGAGGAAGAAGCCUACGCGGGCACCAGUACCGGUGCCGCUGCUGCCUUCCCCACCUCGGACUCUACGGAUUCCUGUUCGCCCGGGGUGGAGACAACGGGGACUGCCGCCGCGCUGGCGGACGAUGCUGUUGCCAGCAACACGGAGAAACAACCAUCCGUCAGGGAUGAUGCUGAUGGGCAUUUGAUUUACCACACUGGCGACAUUCUUCAUAACAGAUAUAAAAUCCUGGCCACCCUAGGCGAGGGAACCUUUGGCAGGGUGGUGAAAGUCAAGGAUAUGGAAAUGGACCACACCAUGGCACUGAAAGUGAUCAAGAAUGUCGAAAAGUACCGGGAAGCGGCCAAGCUGGAGAUCAACGCUCUGGAGAAGAUCGCCGAGAAGGAUCCAACUUUCCAGCAUUUAUGUGUCAAAAUGCUGGAUUGGUUCGACUACCACGGCCACAUGUGCAUCGCGUUCGAAAUGCUUGGGCUCAGUGUUUUCGAUUUUCUAAGAGAAAACAACUAUGAACCCUACCCGAUGGAUCAUGUGCGGCAUAUGGCCUACCAGCUGUGCUACGCCGUUAAGUUCUUGCAUGAGAACAAACUCACCCACACCGAUCUGAAGCCGGAGAAUAUCCUGUUCGUGGACUCGGAGUUCACGACGUCUUUCAAUGGUCGAAAGAACCGUGAGGUCCGCCGCGUCAAGUGCACGGACAUUCGGCUGAUCGACUUUGGCAGUGCGACGUUCGACCAUGAGCACCACAGUACGAUCGUUUCCACUCGCCACUAUCGGGCGCCGGAAGUAAUCCUGGAGCUGGGCUGGUCGCAGCCGUGCGACGUCUGGUCGAUAGGUUGCAUCAUGUUUGAACUGUAUCUGGGCAUUACGCUAUUUCAAACCCACGACAAUAGGGAACAUCUGGCUAUGAUGGAGCGUAUACUGGGUACAAUUCCUUACCGGAUGGCCAGAAAAACCCGCACCAAAUACUUCCACCACGGUAAGCUCGACUGGGACGAGAAGUCGUCCGCCGGGCGGUACGUGCGCGACCACUGCAAACCCCUGCACCGGUACGUGCUGGCGGAGACGCCGGACCACCUGCAGCUGUUCGACAUCAUCCGACGCAUGCUGGAGUACGAUCCGGCAAAUAGAAUCACACUAGGUGAAGCCCUGCGGCACCCGUUCUUCGCAAAGCUCCCGCCGGCGCAGCGUCUGCACGAGAAAUACCGCUUUGCCAAAAUGAUCGCACCCACUAGCACACUCAACAAACCAAAGCCAAACAAAAACCAACCCCCGAUCGGAAAGCUGACACGUUCCCAGUCGCUUGCAGUCGGGUACGCUUCGUUGUUCGUUCGCUAAUGACCACCAUGGGCGUGCCCCAUUGUUUCUCUAUUUCUACAUGGGAACCGGUUCACACGCACACGUUCAUAAACCGAGCUGGUGCCACUCACAAACUACAAACAGACAACGAAUUACUUCUUCUCUGGAUAGGAUUUCAUUGUUCUUUUGUUUUCUUUAUAAUUUUAUUGUUGCGUCUUUUCUUUUCUCACAGAGGUUUAUAAAAAAAUAACUUCUUAUUUUCGAUAACAAUUGGCUAUUGUUUAGAAGUGGUGAAUCAACAAUAGACGAGCAAUAGAAAAACACUGAAAAAAUAUGCCAACCUUUAAAUAUGUAUAAGUAGGUACGGAACAGUUUGCAAGGCUUCGGUCACAAGAACUUGAAUGACUUAGAUGGAGCAUAAACAUACAAGAUUUGAGCAAGGAUAUAACCCCGUAGCCUCAAAGGCUAACAGGUAGUAAUUUAAAUGAUUCAGCACAGCGGAUAUUUGCUCUCGUUCGAGGUAUGUGUACGAGUGCAUAUUAUGGUGUGUAUGCGUUAUUUGUUCCGUACUUGCUUACCGGCUCUCCUCAGAACAGAAUGACUCCCAAUGGAAAUGUGCGCAGAAAGUUGAAUAUGAAAUGAAUGAAUAAAGAGAAUAAAAAAAUGAGGAAAAGUGUAAAGCUAA